AUGGCCCGGGUUUCAGUUAUCAUUUUAUUCUGUGUCUUUUUGCUUCAUACAUAUGGCAAACUUUCAUUACAAAAAACAGAUACGGGCUCCAAGUUCCUUCCUGUGGUUAUUAACACUUGGGGACCUCCAUUUACGAACGCAACAUCAGAAGGUUAGCUAGUGUUGACAACUGUACCGCACGUACUUUGAGUGGUUGCAUGUAUUUUCCCUUUGUCUGAGUGUUAAAAGGUCUUAAAAAGAUGAGUUACCUCGUUUUCAAAGUCAGCAGCUUUUUGCUUUCACUUAUUUCUAUUGUUAGAAGCGAUGUACAGAUGCUCGAUAAAAAGGAAAUAGACAUUUAGCAAUACAGUAACCCCUAAAAAAUCGGAGCCAGUUUAUCUUGAGAAACUAUUUAUGACAAUGAUGCUAAUGGGUGGUAGUGAUAAUAUUGUUAGAGAGUGUGUGGGAGAGAGAGACCUUUGGAGAUCUUAAAUCCCGAUUGUACUAUCUCUUUGGUAGUAUCCCGUCAUCCCCUGGCCCCAUAACAAACCACCACAUCCCCAAUACAAACAAUAGACCCAGUCCCAAUAACAUAACAUGGGUGUGGCCUAGGACAUUCUUCAUAGUCUUACGCAAGUUACAAACGGACAAAAGUCGCUUCCAUGACUGUAACAAAAUAAUCUUUGUCAGGGAUAAAAUAUGUGGUGUCAGUGUGCAUAAGGUUCAAUAAUACCUUUUCUUUUCCUGUAAACUGUCAAGCCCAGGGGUCCCCAAACUGGUAUCUCAUUCAUUUGGAUGGCACAUUUACCAUUAUGGGUAUCAGACAGACAGUCAGACAGAAAGACAAUAGAAGUAAUGAAGCCCAAAUGGUUGAUGUUAAUUAGCACAUCUGUAAUUACUGAUCUCUAGCUUGGCAAAUUAUAUCAAGUGGAAAAGGCAGUGCACUGGAUGCAGUAGAGACUGGCUGUAUAGUAUGUGAAGCUGAACAAUGUGAUGGUACUGUAGGAUUUGGUGGAAGGUUGGUGUGCUGUCACUUAAUAACAGAAAUAGUUUUGCAUUUUGAAUCCAUCAUGUGUCACUAAAAUGAAGCAUGUACAUGUUAACAUACUAGUGAGGUAUGUAACCUACUGUAAUUUCUUUUCAUCAUUUGAAAUAUCCUGUUAAAGCUUAAAAAAUAAGAUUUUGUUUGAACUAGAUAAAUGAAAUAAGCAUUGAAGAAAGAAAGUGAAAUAGCUAGUGAGGAUGGACAUGUAAAGUUUCAGCCAUCAUGAAAACUUUUGUAACUUUUUCAGGACUAAGUAUGUAACUUUUGUAAAUUUUUUUUGUAACUUUUGUAACUUUUUUAUUUGUCCAGUCCAAAUGAAGAUGGAGAAACCACUUUGGAUGCGAUGAUCAUGGAUGGGUAAGAUACUAUAUUCUUUUUCUCAAAUUGUACUAUAGUCAUAUGUCAUUUGUGUUUCUCAGUUAGUCUCACAAAUUAAAGUUUACCCAGCUUUCUUUUUAAGUGUUACACAUGAUGUUGGAGCUGUUGGGUGUCUGAAAAGAGUGAAGUCAGCCAUUUCGGUUGCCCGUAGUGUUAUGGAGCAUACUUCUGAAACCUUCUUGGUUGGAGAUGACGGUAGAUCGAUGUUGUGUUUCUUAUUUCUCUGUUGUUGUUGUGUUUGUUAUGUCUGGCACCCCUUACUAGUUUGUAAAUAAAGUGUUUAGAUAUUUAAUUGUUUUGCUCAUUAUGUUUACAGAUUUGCUCUUUUCUUUCACUCAGUGUUGUAGUGCAAUUAUUAUUAUUAUCUUUUUAGCAACUCGCUUUGCUAUUGAGAUGGGAUUUAAAAGUGAAGACUUACACACAAAUCACUCAUGGUGAGUCAUUAGCAAAGAGGGAAUUGAACUUGUUUUGUCAAUUUUUACUACUUGAACAGAUAACAUUAGCUGAUGUUGCCCAAUUCAUGCAAAUUAGUAUCCCACAUUUGUUUUAUAUAUCUGUUUGGAAAAGGGCAUCAUCCAUGAGUGUUAAAAUCUGAGACAGCUGAGGUACUUGUGUAAAAAUUUUGAGUUUUUAAUAUGACAAAAAUGUGGAGAGAAAACACAGAUGACUCAUCACCAGCAAUACUGCUUUUUAGAUUUUGAGAUUUGUUAGUUAUAUUCAGAGACAAGUUUACCACCCACCACCCUUUAUAAGUCUUGAUGAUUUACCAGUAAAACUGCUACUCUUUGGCUUAAGAACUGAGCAGAACUGUGUAUUUCCUAUAAGAAUACUACAUUUUAAAUCCAUAGUCAUUUAAUAUUUACAUUCAUUUUUGCAGGCAAAUAUGGAAAGACUGGAAAAAUAACAAUUGUCAGCCCAACUUUUGGCAGGUAGAUGUUGUGAGAUGACAUUCCUUUUUGUAACUGUUGUAACAGUAUUGUAAAGUAAAAAAGAUUCACAUUUCUGGUAAUCAGUGGGCAUUGGAUUCUGUCAUAAUCUUUACUUCUAAGCCAGACUUUUUCAAAAAUAUUUUAUAUAAUUUUUAAUUAAUAUGUACAUUACAUUUGUAUGAUGUUAUUGGUAAAUAAAUAUUUCUUUAAAUGUUUGCAAAUUCAGGAUGUGGUUCCAGACCCCCAUCAGUCUUGUGGUCCGUACAAACCUAAACCUGGGUUAGGGUAAGUUCCCAAUUUAAUUUCUCAGUUUAAAGUUUGCAAAUUAUAUGUUGAAACAUGUGUUUUGGAAGGUUAAGGUAUUCAUCACCAAAUCUUCCUGGUUUUUCUGUAUUCCAGUUGGUAUAAGAAAUAAAAGCCUAAGAGUUGAUUGGGUUGAAUGAAGACGAGAAAAAAAUUCGUUGAGUAGAGUUACUGCAGGAUGAAUGCUUUUGUGUGAAGCUUAAACUGUUAACAACAUUUUAUAAUUUACAUUGACAGGAAGCAGAGAAGAUCACGUCACAAAUCUCAUGCUGACAUUAAUAGACACAAUCAUGACACCAUUGGUAAAUAAUAGCAAGUCCUUAAAGAAAGAUGACAUCAUAAUUCUUUUUGCUGUGCAACCCUUAUAUCUACCUUGGAGGAUAUAACCUAUACUACCUGUUUCUGCAUUUGUUCUAUUUUUACUGUAGAUUUCUGUCACUGAGUCAGUGUAUGUUUCUGUUGUUCAGGCUGAAAGAAAUUGAGCGUCAAUGUAUUUAGCAUGAAAGUAAUAUUGGGGGACACUAUUAUGGGAGUGCCAUUUUAUGUGGUCAUGAGAGCCAUGUGUAGGUCUAGCUGCUUGUAGGGUAAAGGAAGACAUGAAUAUUGUUUCAGCCCCUGGAAAUCAAACCAACAUAAUCAAACUGCUAUGUAGGGGGGGGGGGGAUGGGGGUACUCCCUAUGAUGGCCUUUACGGGAGGCUCUACCUGAAAGGGGUACCUUUUUCAAGCUACAGGUAUAUGAAAGAGGAGGGAUUUCACUAGGUGAUGUAUAUAAAAGGGUAGGGAAAUCUGUCAUUUGGAUCUGUAAAAGGGUCCAAAAAAAAACGGCUAACAGGUGAAUUUUAUGGCUUUAAAUAGUCAGGAAAACAUUCUAUUUUUGUGAUUGAUUCCGUAUUUAAAAGACAGUGCAUUUACAGCAGUUAAAAGGGAUGCAAAGUUCUAAACAAGGUAUGCGAAAGGGCGACCUUUUUCGUGAAAAAGGGUAUAUAAAAAGGUAAGUGGUUGGACCCCAGGGUGGAGCCUCCCCAUAUAAACAUUUGUUGAGUACCUCCCGCGCCCCGGAUAUAGUGUUAAAUCACACAGAAAUAUGUCUCUGAAAAGAGCUCAUAGGACAAUAAGACUUAUUUUCCUAUGACCUCUUAGGAGUGGUAGUCAAUUAUACAAAAAAUUAUUCUUAACUUCAUGGUGAUCUCACUGGGUUGUAUUUUUCUAAGGGAUGGUGGUUGUUGAUAGUGCUGGAAAUCUCGCUGCAGGAACAAGUACUAAUGGAGCAAAUCACAAGAUUUCAGGGUAAGAUGCAGUUUACCACACAUCCUCUGUGCAAAAACGUGCUUUUUAUACUCCUGACAUUUUAUAAAACCAACAACCUAAUGUUCUCGAUACAUCAGAAGGCUAAGUAGAGCAGUAACCCCAGUCCCGGUAGUUAUUAACCCUGACUACUCUUGUGAUUCAGAAGCAAGGACCACACCCAUGUUCUGGCAAGUUUGCUCUUGAAGAAGAUGAGUUAGAAUGAUAGCUGUUGGAAUAACUAUACCAUUUCAUCUAUUUCUCUUUCUCUCCCUCUCUCUCAUAUUUCAGUCGUGUUGGUGACUCCCCAAUUGCUGGAGCAGGUGCUUAUGUUGAUAAUGAUGUUGGAGGUGCUGCUGCUACUGGGGAUGGUGAUGUAAUGAUGCGAUUUCUUCCCAGGUAUUAAAAGUCUGACCCCUUUUCUUGUGAAAUUCGUAUCAUUUUUAAAGAAUUAUCAGAAAGAUAAAUACUAAUCCCGGACACAUCUUUCUGAAUUUCUGAAUCUGCUCCUGCCUUACACUUUGCGAAAGCAUGCUGUCUUUGGUAUUGUAGAAAUGAUAGAAUAAAAGUGAUGUUAUCUUAUUUUGCCUUAGUUUCCAGGCUGUUGAAUAUAUGCGUCAAGGGAAGAGCCCCACAGAAGCAACAACUCUUGCCCUGGAGAGAAUUGCAAGAUAUUACCCAAAUUUCAGUGGAGGUCUUGUAGCUGUGAAUAAAGAAGGACAAUAUGGUUAGUUAAUUGAAAUAGAGAGUCGAGCCAAAACACAAUUCAAUUUAAUUCUUUAUUCACACUAUACAGAGCUAAACAAAAUUUAAAGCAAUGCAUGGUGGAUCUCAAAAAGAAUUUUUUUUUUGGCUGUACUCCAAAUGCAAGAGUUUAGUUACCUAAAAAGUUACGUAUUUGUUCUCUUACAUUUUGUACCUAUUUUGGCUUUGUAGGAGCCGCGGCACAUGGCUGGACAUUCUUCAAAUAUUCUGUUUGUAAUCCAGAGUUGGGAAAAGUUACAGUUUUUUCUGUGAAACCAAUGAACGCUUCGUGACUGAUGUUUUUCAGUGAAGAAAAUCUAGAUGUUAUACUGUUCAUUUUUUGUUGUCAUACUGUUUCUUCUAGUAAAAUGAAUAAAUUUUUAAGAC